AUGGACUCAAAAAAUUUGCAUUUCUAUUCGGUACCAAUUCCAGUUCAAACACACAAUCAACCUGUGGGAUCAUUCCAUUUACCAUCGUCGUCGGACAAUGACAAUCCAACAAUAGCACCGAAAUUCCUCUCCCGAGGCCAUCUUUACAAAGUGAUUGUCGGUGAGACCAUCGAACUGCCAUGUAAAGUUCAAAAUCUCGGCUCCUUCGUUUUACUAUGGCGAAAAGGAUCGUCUGUCCUUACUGCAGGACAUUUGAAAAUCUCUCGGGACUCUAGAUUUAAAAUUGUCGGAGACUAUAAUCUACAGAUAAAUGGUGUAAAGACUCAAGAUGCCGGCGAUUAUAUUUGCCAAUUGGGAGACCAAGAGAAUCGUGACCAAGUCCAUACAGUUGAGAUUUUAGUACCGCCCACCUUAAGAGCCCUGCCACACAAUGGACAAGUGACAGCACGUAAGGGCAGUACGGUAACAUUGGAAUGCAAAGCAUCUGGGAAUCCGGUGCCAACGAUUUUCUGGUUUAAAAAGGACGUCUUCUCCGGGCCAACACAUCUCUCGGAUAGUUCAACACUAAUCUUGGAGAAUGUCGACCGACAUCAUGCCGGCAUAUAUCAGUGCUCAGCAGAUAACGGUGUCAAGGAAAGGGUCUCCAUGGACAUCCAGCUGACCAUAUUGUUUUUAAGAGGAACAGGAGAAGGAGUUAAGGUGAGGACUACCCUCUCACUCAGUUGGUGA